AUGGCUUCUACUGACGCUCCUACUGAAACAAAACUCUGGGGUGGCCGUUUUACUGGUGCCACUGAUCCUCUUAUGGAACUUUACAAUGCCUCCCUUCCUUAUGACAAAAAGAUGUAUGCUGCAGACCUCGAGGGAACCCGCGUUUAUACAUCCGCUCUUGAAAAACUGGGUCUCCUGACCAAGGAGGAGCUCGCCGAAAUUCACCGUGGUCUCGAACUCAUUCAUGCUGAAUGGGCCAAUGGCACUUUUGUUGAGAAGCCUGGUGACGAAGAUAUUCAUACCGCUAACGAACGUCGUCUCGGAGAGUUGAUUGGAAAGGGAAUUGCUGGCAAGGUCCAUACUGGUCGCUCUCGUAACGAUCAGGUUGCUACAGACAUGCGUUUGUAUGUUAGAGAUGAGCUUACUAAAACUCAGACCCAGCUUAGAGCUCUUAUUCAAGUCAUUGUUAAUCGUGCUCGUUCAGAAAUUGAGAUUCUUAUGCCUGGCUAUACCCAUCUUCAACGUGCCCAGCCCAUCAGAUGGGCUCACUGGCUUUCUCUUCAUGCAACUUUCCUUGCAAAUGAUCUUAAGCGUUUAGAGCAGGUUAUUGAGCGUGUUAACGUCUCGCCUCUUGGUUCAGGAGCUCUCGCUGGUCAUCCUUAUGGAAUUGACCGCGAAUACAUUGCCAAUGAACUUAAAUUCGAUGGUAUUAUUGGUAACUCUCUUGCUGCUGUUUCUGACCGUGACUUUGUGGUCGAAACAAUGUUUUGGGGAUCCCUUGUUCUUAACCAUCUUGCUAAGCUUAGUGAGGAUCUUAUUAUUUAUUCCACUGCUGAGUUUGGUUUUAUUAAGCUCGCUGACGCUUACUCUACUGGUAGUAGUUUGAUGCCUCAAAAGAAAAACCCCGAUUCUUUGGAGCUUCUUCGUGGAAAGAGUGGUCGUGCUUUUGGUCAUCUGGCUGGCUUCAUGAUGUCUCUUAAAGCCACUCCUUCUACCUACAAUAAGGAUUUGCAAGAAGAUAAAGAGCCUCUUUUUGACAAUCUGGUGACUGUCAGCCAUUCAAUUCAAAUCGCUACUGGUGUCCUUUCUACUCUCAAAGUUAUUCCUGAAAAAAUGCAGGCUGCUCUUACUAUGGACAUGCUUGCUACUGAUCUUGCAGAUUAUCUUGUUCGCAAGGGUGUUCCUUUCAGAGAGACUCAUCACAUUUCUGGUGAGGCUGUUCACCUUGCUGAAUCCACUAACGUUUCUGGUAUUGAUCAAUUGACUUUGGAACAGUACAAAUCAAUUGACAGUCGCUUUGAGGAGGAUGUUUUUAAAGUCUUUGACUUUGAGGCCAGUGUUGAAAGACGAACUGCUAUCGGUGGAACUGCUAAAUCUGCUGUUCUUGCACAACUGGAGAACCUUGAAAAGAUUAUCUCUUAA